UUGGCUUCUGGUUGCUGGUCGUUCUUCCUUUCGUCCUUGGAUAUCAAACUACUUUUUCUUUCCCUUUCUUCCUUACUCUUACUGACGUUAUAUGCACAACUUCGCAUUUGAAGUUAUUGCAGAUUAAUCGAGUAGCUGAUUUGUUGUCUACGAAACAUUCCUCGUUCAUUCAUAAUAUAAGGCUACGCAUAAUCACAAUCGAUCUCUAUGGAUCGAAUCUCAUUGAAACGACACGGUUCGCCCGGCCUUGGCCUUCGCAACGAUGGCGGAUCUCGAGUCCAGAAACCAGAUCCAGGUUCAGACAAAGCAGCUAAGCUCGCCGCGCUCAAAGCUCGUGUAUCAGCUGCCAUAGGUACCAGCAAGGCGAAAGGAGGAUUAAACGUUGGGCUACAUCCAGCACUCGAAGACCUUGGACAAUGGAAACCCGGCGGCAAUAAAUCUAGUGAUUCGAAAUCGAACUCGCGCCACGAUAGUAAUCGACCGCCGAAGAAACAGGCGCUCGAUCUUUCGGGACCGUCUAAUGAAGAGAUCAAGAGCAAUCCAUAUUUCGACGCGAGUUUGGGGGCACCUAGUGUGAAGCCGCGACAAUCGCGCCACCUGAUAUUCAACCAGAAGGGUAAAUACAUCCAACAGGCGAACGCGCUGCGUCGGCAGGCCGCGCUCGAGGCCCUGAAGAAGAAGAUCGCAGCCGGCACGCGCAAGGUCGGUAUCGACGAGGAUAAAGAUGUCGAGAAGAACUUCAUUAUCGAUGCUCCACCAGAGAUCGAGUGGUGGGACGAAGGUCUAGUGGAUGGAAAGAAUUACGAUGAUAUCGAAAAUCCCAAGGCCCUGAAGAUCGAAUCCGAAGAUACGAUAGUUACGAGAUAUAUCCAACAUCCUGUCGCCAUCGAACCACCCCAAGACAAGAACGUCCCUGCUCCGAAACCUAUGUACCUCACCUCCACUGAACAAGCGAAACUGCGCCGCCAACGCCGAAUGGCCGACCUAAAAGAAGAACAAGCCAAGAUUAGGCUCGGUCUGGUGCCGGCGCCGCCACCAAAGGUCAAGAAGGGUAACCUAAUGCGUGUACUGGGCGAGGAAGCCGUCAAGGACCCUACGGCCGUCGAAGCGCGCGUGAACCGGGAGAUUGCAGACCGACACGCGAAGCACGUGGAAGCGAACGAGGAGCGAAAGUUGACCAAGGAGCAAAAACACGAUAAGCUAGCAACGAACCAAGAGAAGGAUGCGGCGAAGGGAUUGCACAUGCUGGUCUUCAAGAUCAACAGCCUAGCGAACGGCCAGCACCGGUACAAGAUCAACAUCAACGCGGACCAGCUGGCGCUCACGGGACUGGUCAUCAUGCACCCGAAGCAGAACCUAGUCAUCGUCGAGGGCGGCGAGUGGUCCAUAAAGCACUACAAGAAGCUGAUGCAGAACCGCAUCAACUGGACGGAGAACCUAGCAUCGAGAGAGAAAGACGCACAAAACGAAGCCUUAAAACAAUGGCUCAAGGCCGAGAACGAAGAAGGAGACCUAAAGGACCUAGCGGAGAACCAAUGCAAGUUGAUCUUCGAAGGCGAGGUUAAGUCCCGCGCGUUUAGAAAAUGGGGAUCGAAGGUCUGCGAGACGGAUAGCGAGGCGAGAGAGGUGCUGACCAAGUCCAAGAUGGAGAAUUUCUGGAACCUCGCGAAGUCUACGCAUUAGAGUAAUUAGUAUACUAGGUUAGGGAGAUUGUAAUACAAUGUUACGAUACGAAUAUUGGG